AUGCUGACCCUUGCACUUCUCGCCGGCGCUCUGCUGCCCUCGCUCGCCCUCGCCUCCAAAGCUCCUCGAUCAGGCAGUGGCAUUGUUCGCUCAUCUGUCACAGCCAAGAGACCGGCUAGCAACUUAACCAGGAGAGACAUUGCAUCGCUUGCAAGGAGGCAAGAUGAUGUCACCGUGACAAACCAGAAAGGUGGCACCUCGUACACCAUUGAUGUGGACAUUGGCACGCCCGCCCAGACAAUCACCCUCAUCCUCGAUACCGGCUCUUCGGAUCUCUGGGUGAACCCAACUUGUUCCGAAUCAGGGCAGAUUGAUUAUUGCAACUCCUUUCCUCAAUUUGAUUAUACGGAGAGCAGUACGAUUGAGGAUACCGGCUAUGCCGACAUCCUGGGAUAUGGAAAGGGCAAUGUCACAAUCGAGUAUGUCACGGACAUGGUCACAAUUGGCUCCGUGACCAUCGAAAAUCAGGUCUUUGGUGUAGGAUUCGAGAGUUAUGAUAUCCCUCUUGGCAUUAUUGGUCUCUCACCACCGACGUCAGAUGCCCAGACACAAUACUCCUUUGUGCUCGACAGCAUGGUGACCCAAGGACUGAUUGACAGCCGCGCCUUCACUCUGGACUUGAGGAACAUCGACGACAAGGAUGGUUCCGUCAUCUUUGGUGGUCUCGACACGGGCAAGUUCAUCGGAUCACUCGAGAAGUGCCCGAUCCUCGACCCACUCGAGACACCCGACGGAGCCGACAGAUACUGGAUCAACAUGAACUCGAUUGCCAUUACGCUGCCUGAUGGAACUACUACCACACUGGGCACUGGUGAUCAGCCGGUGUUCCUGGACAGCGGCGGCACCCUCACGCGUCUGCCGACUGAGGUCUUUGAGGCAAUUGGAGAAAGCUUCCCGGGCGCCGAGUACGACAGUUCAUCGGGAUUCUACGUGGUCGACUGCUCUGUCGCCGACGUAAAAGGCAGCGUGGACUUUGGCUUCGGCAACAAGGUCAUCCAAGUCUUGUACGCGGAUUUCAUUUGGGAGGUUCCCGGCGACGAAGUCUGCGUUCUUGGUGUAUUGGCGGGUGAUGAUGCACCUGUUCUGGGUGACUCUUUCCUGCGCGCAGCCUACGUUGUGUACGACCAGGAUAACCGCAACCUGCAUCUUGCCCAGGCUGACGACUGCGGCGACAACCUGGUUGCAAUUAGCACUGGCGCCAAUGCUGUGCCAUCCGUGACUGGUAAAUGCACAAGCACUGCUCCAACUGCAACCAAGACAGGUGAGUCUCCUCCCAAUCUAUCCCUUUGGUACAGGAGGCACCGCCUGCCUCAUGGCCAGCCGCCAUAA